AAACUUUCAAGACUCCUCAAUAGCCUGUCUCAUCUUAGAUCCCUCAGUACUGUUGUUGGGGCUCCCUAGUGUAUUAAAUCCAUUCAGACAUAUAGUGCAUGGGGGCAAGUGUCAGGGCUCCUUGAUGUUCCUGCUCUGUUCCCUCUGAGGAGGGACUCUGUGACAUCUCCAUGUCCCUGUUCACCUCAGGCCCGGUCAGCAUGGCGGAUGAGGAGAUUGCUGCCCUUGUGGUGGACAAUGGCUCUGGCAUGUGCAAGGCAGGCUUUGCAGGGGAUGAUGCCCCUCGUGCUGUGUUUCCCUCCAUUGUGGGGCGUCCCCGUCAUCAGGGUGUCAUGGUGGGCAUGGGGCAGAAGGACAGCUAUGUGGGGGAUGAGGCCCAGAGCAAGAGGGGCAUCCUCACCCUGAAGUACCCCAUUGAGCAUGGCAUCGUCACCAACUGGGAUGACAUGGAGAAGAUCAUGUUUGAGACCUUCAACACCCCAGCUAUGUAUGUAGCCAUCCAGGCUGUGCUGUCCCUCUACGCCUCUGGCCGCACCACCGGCAUCGUCAUGGACUCUGGGGAUGGUGUCACCCACACUGUGCCCAUCUAUGAAGGCUAUGCGCUGCCCCACGCUAUCCUGCGUCUAGACUUGGCUGGCCGAGACCUGACCGACUACCUCAUGAAGAUCCUCACGGAGCGGGGCUACAGCUUCACCACCACGGCUGAGAGAGAGAUUGUGCGGGACAUCAAGGAGAAGCUCUGUUAUGUCGCUCUGGACUUUGAGCAGGAGAUGGCCACAGCUGCCUCGUCCUCCUCCCUGGAGAAGAGCUAUGAGCUGCCCGACGGGCAGGUGAUCACCAUUGGGAACGAGCGUUUCCGAUGCCCUGAGGCCAUAUUCCAGCCCUCCUUCCUGGGCAUGGAGUCCUGCGGCAUCCACGAGACCACCUUCAACUCCAUCAUGAAGUGUGACGUGGACAUCCGGAAGGACCUGUACGCCAACACCGUGCUGUCCGGGGGUACCACCAUGUACCCCGGCAUCGCUGACAGGAUGCAGAAGGAAAUCACGGCCCUGGCACCCAGCACCAUGAAGAUCAAGAUUAUCGCCCCGCCGGAGCGUAAAUACUCCGUCUGGAUCGGCGGCUCCAUCCUGGCGUCUCUCUCCACCUUCCAGCAGAUGUGGAUCAGCAAGCAGGAGUACGAUGAGUCCGGCCCCUCCAUCGUCCAUCGCAAGUGCUUCUAGAGGGACUGCUGGCAGUCACCCCAGGGCUGUCCUCGCCAGGACGCGUGCUGGGGCAACCUCCUCCUUCCACGUUGGACCGGAAUCGUUCGACUGUUACUUAUUUUAUGUUUUAACUAAUUUGUUGAGGUACCGAGUAGUGACAUGUGCAUUUUAAUGGCCCGUUAGGCUGUAGUUCUCUUGUGGCUGGCUAGCUGCUCCUCUUCCUCGUGGCUCUCCGGGGCUUGGCAGCAGAUGGAGGGUUGUUCACUUUUACUAUGUAACACGGAUAGGAUGGCACUGAAGUUAGACUUGUCACCUUUAGGUUUGUCACAACUGACUCCUUUGUAGGUAAACAAAUAAACUUCUUAGGCUCAAAAACUAGAAGAGGUUAUUUUGCUUUCUUUCAGGGUGGGAUCUCGAUCUCCUUGCUUCAAAGAAUAAUUGUGUAAUACGUGGUUUUGGACUCAAACCUGCCCUGUAGCUGCCUGCUUAAAACUUAGGAAACAAAAUUUGGGGUAAAUGCUAUACAAGCCAUGUAAUGGCACCUUUUAAAGCUGCCUUGUGCUGCGCAGACCAUUUUAAGAACUGUUAGGGAGGAAAGCUUGACUGGUAUGUGGCUCUUGCAGCCUUGCUGUACUUUCAUGGUAACUUGGCUUUUUUUAGAACACAAACAGCUCUUCUUGUCAGAAAAAGUUGGUGCCU